UAAGGUCUCAGUUCAUCUAGGCAUUCAUCAGUUGACUAUUUGAAAUUAACUAUUCAACAUCAUGAGUGCAUUGAGACAGAUUUUUCUAAUAGUGAUUUACGUAAUUGGAUUUGUGGCUUCUGAUGUAUAUGAUUAUGAAUGGAACUGCAAGGAUAUCGAAAGUGAUACGCCUCUUUACAAGCUUAAACGAUAUCUUUUUUGUGAUUACGACCCUGGAAUCAGACCUGGACAUGAGGCCAAAAAUACAACUGACAUCUCGACUAUGAUUAUUCCACAAAAAAUUGUAUUCGACGAGGAUAGUGCUACCUUGGAGAUAAAUACCUGGUUGUAUAUCGAGUGGAUGGAUCCUUAUUUGACUUGGAAGUCUGAAGAUCAUGGGGAUAUCUCACGCAUCAACGUCAAAUCCAGAGACGUUUGGAUACCAGAGCUGUAUUCGUUGAAUACCAUGUAUGGAGAAAUGACAAGAAUUCCAGAAACAGUAUGUUCACUAUUGAAAACGGGCGAGCUUACCUGUUUUACACCGGUUCAGUACACCGUAUCUUGUGUCUCUGAUUACACUCGGUGGCCAUGGGAUCUUCACAACUGCACUCUGCAGUUGGCUGCAUGGGCGUACAUCGAUGAAGAGAUAUCGUUCAACAACAGGAGUGGCAUUGUCAUCGAUUGGUAUGAGGAUACUGAAGAGUGGGUACUGUCUGUACCUGAGAUAAGCGUAACGAGAGAAAAAUCAAAGUUUUCGAAAAAUGCUACUUUUCCAACUUUUACGGUGUCAACGGUCUUGACCAGGAUUGAGGGACCUUUGAAGAGUGUUUUUAUCACUCCAGUGAUAAUUCUGACUGUGGUGACUCUGACUAUUCUGUGGCUGAGACCAGGUUCCCCUGAACGUCUGAUGUUAGCCUGUUUUAAUUUCUUGAGUCAUCUGUUAAUCAUUCGAGAUGUUCACUACAAAGUUCCCAAUAGUGGAAGUCAGGUCCCCAAUAUUCUGAUUUUCUACACCAACUCCUUCAUCCUUUCGUUCGUGGUAUUGGUAUUAACCUGCUGGCUCCAGAAAAUUUUAGAGUGGAAAGGGGAAGUGCCCACAUGGCUGGCCUCAAAAAUUCAUGUCGUCCUCACGAGUAAAGUUGGAAAAAUCCUGUCGAUCAACGUCUUGGAUCCUAAAGGAUCAGCGUUACUUGAAGAUGAUGCUGAUGACAAUAGUACUUUAGUGGACUCUCAGCCGGUGAACCCCAAAUGGGAGAAUGUUGUCACUGUCAUGGGAUGGUUCUUUCUCUUCAGUUUCGGUUUCAUUUAUUUUGUUAUGUCUCUCGCUCUUCUUUGUUAAGUAUCUAGCAAAAUUUAUAGUUAAACAGAUGCUCAAAAAAGGUAAAGAGACACACUAUCGAAUUCAUUACAGAAAUCUACCGGAUUUCGAUUGAAUUAUUCUUCUCGUUAUCAAAUGAUCAAGUAAAACAUCUUUAAAACGCAAGAGAGUAUUAGAAAAAAUAUCUCAUUAAAAUAUGUUGUAUCACAAAAUAUAAUUCAACAGGAUUAUUUACUGAAUUCGAUAGACUUCUCAAUUAGACACGUUAUUGAUAUCAUCUAAUUGUGGCUAAACAACGAUCCACUAUUUAUUUAUUAUUCACACUUUAUUUAAGUGUAAAUAAUGAUUGUAAGUAAAUUGAAUUUAUCUCGAUUCUAAACAGAAUAAGUCCACCCAAUAAAAUAUAGUACUCAGCAAAAUAA